AAGUCUCAACGAAAGAAUGUUAAGAAUUGGCGUCUUUUUUUUGUCUACGAUUAACAUUCCAUACACUUACAGGAUGUGCAGCUGUUGAUAGACAAUUGUGACGUCUCUUUUUAUUUUGGUGCGAAUGUUAAGAAUUGACGUCCUUUUCUAACUAAGCUCAAAAACUUUUAAAUAACAACAUUGUAGUGAAUGAUUAGUUAGGCUUUUCAAUUGUUUAAUUUUAUUUAUUUUUAACUUAUCAAAGCUAACCAAUUAUGAUAUAGUUUUAUUUUAAAUAGUCAAACAUACAUAAAAAUUCUACAAAUUUAUACCAAUUAUUCUAAAAAAUACAAAAGAAAAAAAUUUGUUUAAUGUAUAUUUGGUAAAAGGCCUACCUCUCUGUUAUUUAAAAUAGAAUCUGUAAAAGACCAUCCAUUAUAUAAAAUAAAUUUCAAAACUCAUAGAUAAAGUUUAUUAAUUUUAAGAGUACUAUAUUUUCAAAUUUUAAGAAUUAUUUUUAAUUUUAAUUUGAAAACUUUUAAUCAAGAAAAAAAAGUAAAUCUCAGUGGCUUAAAUGGUGGUCUUGUGAGACCCACAUUAAUAUUGUUUUAGAAAACCAAACACAUUGGUCUCUGUUAAUCAAAUCAAUGUACUCUACCACGACAUAACGUUUAUUAAGCAAGAUGUCUUUCCACAGUCUCGUCUAAACUUAUUUUUGUGGUCUCAUCUAAUUGCGUUAUGAUUACUUCUUUAGAAGGUGAUGAGCACAACUAAGAAAAUCUUUGAAAAACACAAAAAAAUGGCAUGAUAUAGAAGAAAAAAACACAAAAAAUGGCAGAGAAAUAUAAUCGAAAGUUAUGAUGUAACAUCAGAGUUUUUUGUCAUCUUAUCUAAGAUGGUAACCAAAUCCUGAAAAAUGGUUUUAAGAAGUAUAGUGGUGUGUCUAAUUUAAAUGAGAAAACAUUCCAAAAUAUAUACAUAAAAAUACAAUAAUAUAUGAAAUAAUUUCACAUGGGAGACUUAUGAGUAAGAGACAAAUGAAUCCAUGGAGAAGUAUACCUGACAGAAGCAGGCAUUUGAAGUAAAGCAAAAAGUUUGGUGCAAAGGGGACAUACCCACUUUUAAAAACUUUUUAACAGCAUCCAAUUAACAUGACAUUUAUGAUUUAGUUUUAAAAAACAUAUUAGCAUAAUUUGUUCUAAGUUCAUAGACUCAUCAUCAUUUACCAACAACAUGAGUAACCAAUAUUCUAGAACCCAUCAAUAUACGUAUGAGAGUGAAAGAGAAGCAAAUUCAAAUUCUCUCUUUUUAAUCUUUUUCUCAACUACUCACCCACCUUAAGUGUCGAAAGGAAACAAUAUCAAAUUCAACAAGUUAUAUAUAAUCUAACAUUGGCCGACAAAUUAGUGUAAGCUUAAUCCCAUUACUAAUGAAAUAACGAUGUUAUAGAGAGAAACAGUACUCACACGUGUAGGAUCAAGGAUGAAUGAUAGUACAAAGACCCACAUGAGAAAAAUACAAAAGAGUCUCCCAAAGAAACAAGCUUGGAGGCAUUUACGAUGUGUACAGUUUCCUCAUAUGUUUCCACUCAUGAGACCCACAAUGCGUAUUAUUAUAUGUACUAUGAGGAUCCAAUUUCGUAAAUUCCAAAAUUGAAAUUAAUUUAAAUGCUCAAAAGAAGGGUCGUCAAAGUCUUACUACACCAUCCCCCGUCGUUAUUGUUCCCCGUCGUUAUUGUUAUAUCUGGAAGCUACCACACUUGAUUUGCUUAGCUGUAACCAAUAUGGAUUCCAAAUGACUGAUAAUAUGAAUUUUCUACAGUUUUCACAUAUAUUAAAAAUAUACGUAAUAUUUACAAUUAAAUAUAUUAUUUUUACUAUACAUUUUUCAAAUAACUAUUAAUAAACAAUGUUUAAUAGAAAAUCUAUCUUUUGAAAACACCAAAGGAUAUCAAUAAUCCGGUUGCAUGACCUUCAAUCCAAAUGAAAACAUUUCUAUAUUUUGGGAGGGAGAGAAACCAAAAGGCUGCAACACUUUUUAUGACCAAGACAGGACUGGGAAAGAAGAAGAAGAGUAUUAAAGGAAUGAGGAAGAGGAACAGCUCCGAACCUAAUUAAGAAAAUGAGUUUCAUAUUCCUUUUUGUUACUUGAGAUUUUUUUUUCCACCCCAAGAGCUGAAUCUUUUUACAGUUGUGUGAUUGACUAUAGGUAAGUGAAUGAAACAUAGAGGCUGUGACUGUAAGUCACGUAUAGCGCGAGAAGUUUUCAGCCAAAGUAGAUAUUACUCUCAGUUCCACUGAAAUCAUUCUAGUCAGGUGAAAAAGUUUUUAAUUAUUUUUUAAUUAUUUUUUACGUUCAUCACUGUUUAUUAAAAAUGAAAUUCUUAGUGCUAUUUUCCUCUUAGUUUUUGUAGAGUAAAAAAAUAAUGUUCAUUUCAACUUUUUACUAUUCUUUUCCUCUGGCACUUUUCCUCUCAAUUUAUCGACCUUAAAUUACUCUAUGGGUGUGACUAAAAGAUAUUAAUAGAGAUCAAUAUUUACUCUAGGUUGAGCUAAAAUGUUACCAAUCAAGUGGAACAUAAGUUUUUGUUAGUAACUCCAUGUACCCUACACAAAAAAAGAAAAGAGACUAAAUAUUACUUUGAUUAUACUAGAGACUAGAAAUAUAUGAUUUUACUCUAGAUAUUUCUCUCUCUCAUAUUUUCAUCUUUUACAUUUUCCACUAAGUUUUACUUUUUUAUUUACUCUCAUUUUUUUUACCAAUCACACUCUAUAUUGCGCUAGUUUUUUCCAGUCAGACUCGGAGAGAGAGAAGGAAAAACUAGUAAAUGUUUUGUCAACCCUAUCCUUUCAAUCCCGUAUAGAUAUCUCUAAUAAAAGGUUUGGGGACUCUAAUAUUCAAUCCCGUAUAGAUAUCUCCAAUAAAAGAAAUGGGUAAAAAGGAACCAAAAUUUAUAGAAAGUGUACUAUUUUUUAUUUCAAGAAGGCUAGCCUUUUCUCCUUCAUAUAUAUCUGAAAAUGACUUGUCUUUUAGUUCUUCAAUUGAGAAAAAACAAUGGUGCUAAGUUUGCCAUGUGGUGAUACUCACUUAUGGUAUUCAUUUAUAUGAGUGAUUCCAUAGGCUCCAGCUUUUCUUGAUUCAGAAACACAAGAAAGGAAAUAGAUCAGAAAAAAAAGACAGUUCUUUAAAGCCAGAGGCAGCGAGAGACACAGAGGGUAAAGAGAUUAGAAGAAGCCGAGGUCGUAAAGUUAUAAUAAAGAAAAAGCUUAGUUAACUUUUUGUGUUGGCAAUGGAGUCUCCUAGUAUACAUGGAGGUGCUGAGGAGAAGAGUAGUUGUGAAUCAGGAUGGACCAUGUACAUAGAAGACACGUUCCAUGGGAGCCAUCACUCUGAAGAAUACAAUGACGAUAAUGGUGAUAAUUUCCGUGUAAAAGAAGUCGAUGAUGAUGGUGAUGAUGAUAGUAGUAAAAAUGGGAGCGAUGACUCCAUGACUUCUGAUGCAUCUUCAUGGCCUAGCACUCAGCUUCCAAGGAACACCAAGAAUCAUGCAGAGGCGAAGAAUAGUAAUGCCAAAAAAGUCAAUCAUCAGACAAAGAACAGAGCUAGCGAAAAAUCCAGCAACCAAGAAGAAGAAUCUGAGUUCAAGGCUAGAACAAGAACCAAUGCAGCUAGCCGUGUACGAAGUAGAGACAAGGUGAGCAAAACGAAAUAAGACUCAUUAAUACAUGGUUUUAGUUUCCAUUGCUAUAUCCAAUGUUCUCUUUGGCUCAAGGAAAAAGUUUUCUAGAGCUGAUAUCAAAAUCAUGUAGUUUUUUUUUUUUUCAUUUGAGAUGUUAUUUUGUAAUUGCAUUGCUUUCUUUAACAGGAUUAUGUAUUUUUGCUAAAAGCAAAUCCCGUUCCUGUAACUUUAACAGGAUUAUAUGUACCUUAUCCGCACAUACUCCGUUCUAACACAAAGGGAACGAGUUCUUUAAUCAGUGGCCAUUCAAAAGCAAAACAAGUAUACUAAUUAAUCACUCAUCAUUCAAACAGUAAUCAGAUCCAGACAUUUGUGUUUCAGAUAAAACAAAGAAGUUGAUGACAAACAGGAGUUUCUUAGGUUUACCAAAUGGUUCAAUUGGUGUGGCCCCAAAGUAGCUAACACAGCUUAGCUUUGCCUGGCAAGAGAAAGUUCUUCCGCUUUCAAUGCCUUCACAUGAUUCUUUUUUUUUUCCUUCAAAAGAACAAAUAUCAAUCAUUCAAGAUAUUAUCAACUUUCACAAAACUCUUCAUUAAUUAGUAAUUACUAGUAUUUUACAUGAGGCGAAGAGUAAGAUAAUAAUAAUAAUAAUAAUACUAAUACUAAUAAUAAUAAUAAUAUAUUUACGAUAUUCUUAAAAUGUGUUUUACCGAUUAUAAUUUUGAAGAUAGAUAUUUUUAUGGAAUUUAAUUAUGUGACAAGUUUUUUGGGUUUCUCACUUAAAACUAAUUGGUAGGAAAUGAAGUGGUCCAUAUCUUUUAUAUAUUACUCAAGUUCCUAACAUAUUUUCAAUGUUGGAUUUUCUCUCCAACAUUUUUCCGCGAGAGACAAUGCUUUAUUUUUCUAGCAAUUUCGAAUGAAUUGAACUUUUUUUGGGUCAUCAAUUCGUGGGAUGAUUAUGUCACUUUCUGAAUAGGAUUAAUGAGUCAGGGUGUUGGUCUGCUCUGAUACCAUGACAAGUUUCUUUGGUUUCUACCUUAAAACCAACUAGAUCAUGACCCGCGCUUCGGAAGCGCGGGAUAUUUUAUUCAAAAUUCUAUGAACAAUGUUACAAAUAUUUUUUUAAUUUAUAAAAUUUUUGUCUAUUUAAUAAUUGGCAUUUAAAUCAACACUUUUAAAUCUAACUUAUACCCUCGAGCCGGUAAACCUGUUAAUCUGAUAUGUAAUCCAAUUUAGAUUGGUUAAAGGGUAAUGGGUUAAGAAGUUUGACUUGAAUCCAUUUUGAAUAUAUCAUAUAGUAUGGCUAUAUAUAUAAUUAAUUGGUUACAGAGUAAUAUACUGCAUGGUGAUUAUCUCAUAGACUUAUUGGAUGGUGGUUAUGAAAUCUCAAAAUUAGACAUUAUUGCACGUUGUUUAUGAAAUCGAUUGGGCAAGAUUUUUUUUUUGAAUAUAAGGCAUAUGGACCAACUGAUAAAUAAAUGCAUAUAAGGUAUUAAGUUAGCAAAAUAGAAUAAAGAAAUAAUUUACUAAUAUUAAUUGUUAACUAAUAGAAUCAGAAAAUAUAUCAUAUCUAAUAGUAAGUCCAACUUAAAAUCCACCUAGAAAAAGUCACAAUGUUUCUGUUUUAAUAAGAUAGAUUAGUAGUAAGUGAAAUGAACAAUUUAUCUUAUAGAUUACUCAAUUUCUUUACAUAUUUUCAAUGUGGGAUCAUCUCUCUAAUAUUAUGUAUUUUUGAUUUUAUUAGUACUUUAUUGAGUUUUUUUUUAGAUUUUAGAUCAAUUUAGGGUAAAAGUAGGCAUUUUUGUGUCAACGAACUAUAUAUAGUUGUGCAACAUGUGUCACAAAUUAGCCACUGGAUGACUUCCCACCGAGUGAUCAGGAUAUGUUUUAUACAAAAACUAUAUAAUUGAAUUAUUUUUCUUAUGGGGUUUGAGAUUUGAUCUAACGAUGCGAUUCCCUAAAAAAUAUGCACAUUUUAUUCAAAACUGAUCCGGACACAACAUAGAUCAAAAGUAAGAACAAUGUAAAAAAAAAAAAGUAAGAACAAUGUAGCUUUGGACACAGCAUAUAUCAAAUGUAUCCAUCAGAAAAAAAAGUCUCCAAAAUCGAUUUUGCUUUAAGAACCCUAAAGAGAAAGAAAGUAUUUUCUGAUGGAUACAUUUCUAUGUAGAUCCGGACACAAAAUAAAUCAAAUGUAUCCAUCAGAAAAGAAAGUCUCCAAAAACAAAAACAAAAAACAAGGAAGAGUUACUACUGCAGAGAUUCAACUGAGAGCCAAAAGCUCAAUAACAAAGUAAAUUGAUGGACCAGUCCGUAAAAUAGCUUGGUGCAUCUUGGAAAGUCAAAGCUGGUGAUUUGUAAUCAAUGUACAGUAAAUGUUUUGAAAAUGAAUGGAAAGUUUUAGGCUUGUUGAGGCACAUUGAAUUUGGGAGCAGAAAAUAACAAAGAUGUUUGAGCUGGCAGCUCCUUCACGUAGAUGUGAUUCUCAAGUCACUUGCGAGGUUGUAAUCUCAAAUCCACCAUGCACGUGCAGAAGCAAUAAACAAUAGACGAUAAUGAAACAAGGGUGUCCAAUGUAAUUCUACCUACAAAAUGUGAGAGAAUGUGACUCAGUAAAUGCACAACAACUCAUUGGACCUGGUCUACCAGUUUAAACUUGAGGAAGACUCAUUGGACCUGGUCUACCCAUUUCUUUUAAAAUAUUUGGCCUCUGCACAAGCUCCUUUGGUAAUCGAAAAUGAUAUCCAAGUAAAGAUCAACAAAAGAAACUAUGUCGACUUGAAACAAAAA